AAUUGAAAUCCGUUUGCAGUCGCUAGCACGCUGGCGUAAACGCACAGCAGCCUGCCCGUAUCAGCUGUCAAACGCAUUUCUAUCAAAACAAUCACCCGCUAAAUUGAAAUACCAUCCCUCGUAUCGACACAACAGUAAAACGAUUUUCCCCACACCGAGAUCGCUCAUGAUACGCUCGCUUUCCUUUGUACCAUCCAUCAUCCGCAGCUCGUCCGUAGUACCGAACAAAAUCGUCCGGAUGGCCAGCAGCGAAGCGUCGACGGCUCCCGCGCCCGGUGAAUAUUCCGUCGCGUUCGUUACCGUACCGGACAACACGGUAGCGGUUAAUGUGGCCCGCCAGCUGGUCGAGAAAAGUUUGGUUGCCUGCGUCAACAUCAUCCCCGGUCUAACGUCGAUCUACGCCUGGGAGGGUAAGAUCAACGAAGAUCCGGAAGUGUUGCUGAUGAUCAAAACGCGCACCAGCCGGGUGGAGGAUUUGAUCCGGCACGUGCGGGAAGUCCAUCCGUACAGUGUGGCCGAAGUGAUUGCGAUGCCGAUUGCGCAAGGGAAUGCACCGUACCUGGACUGGAUCGGGAAAACAGUCGGGCCCCGAGGGGGUCGAGGAGGGGGGACUGCGUAAGUGGGGUCAGGGGGAGGUUUUCGGUUUAAGGUUGUUGUGGUUCCUUUCGGGUUUCGUUUCGGGCGGUUGGUUUUGAUCUGUGAAUGGAUAAUAUUGUGUAGAAUAUAGCGUCGCGAGCUUUGCUUUAUAAA